UUACUUAUGAAACCGAACGCGAUCGCCGACGGCCUUGCUCUUUUCCUUCAUACCACAGUGGCCACACGUGCACCUCGUCGACAAUAACGGCGAGUACGACUCUGGGAUCGACGAGUAGAAAGACCAUCGUGAGAAGUUAUUAGAAAGGACUAAAAGUCGCCGGUAAGUAGAUGUAUGGGCACCCGACUUCUGCAUUCACGUUGACGAAACAGGCCACACACAUGAUCGCAGAAAUAUUUCUCAUCCUUGCCGGGCACUCUUCCUCCCUCUUUCCCUCGGGACACGCUGUCCAUCCUGCUUUUGUGCCUUUGCUUCAUCCAGGAGAGAAACAAUGCCUCGAAUCUCUAGGAGCGAUCGCAUACAAGUACCGUAAGAUCAAGACUGCGACCACGACUCUUGCUCGAUCCCCCUCUCGCUACAUAGCAGCUCUUUGUGCCCGACUGAACACUAUACUCAAAGAUGAAUACGAAAAUCUUGUUAUUGAUACUGAGGCUAAAGUCCUACGACGCGAUUCCAGCUUAGUCGGUGCAGGGUCUUUCGUACCUUUAGCAUCCAUUCGUGCAAUAUUUGCAGAAUGGGAUGCGCCUUUGGUGGCUUUGGAGUCUCUAGUUGUAGAACUUGAAGAUGAAAAGUAUAGGAAGCCCGGUCCUCUUAUUGACACGCUUUUGACGCGUUCGCAUACUGGCGUACACCGUGUCUCAACUAUCUAUGCCCGCCUUUGUGAGGCCGUACAACGUGUGUGGAUAACACAACUACAAGCCUACGUGAUACAUGGAUCAUUGGACCCUUCGGAUCCUAUUGCGUCGAAGGAAUACAUAUUGUUGGAAGGUGCGAUGCCGAGUUGUGUGUCAUUGCAAAGCAGGAACUCGAUAGCAUAUGUCGGAAGGGCCAUUGCUACGGUCAAAUCUGCCAAAUGGGAGAAACAGUUCCCUCGAAGCGUCGCUAUUGAACAUACCAGGUUACUCGAUAGCGUACUUCCGCAGGACCAAUACGAGUUUGACAGGAUCAUAGCAGAGAUUCGUGUGACUGUGAGCGAAUGGCUAUGGUUGAAUGUCCUUACUCAAAACGAUGUUGAAGAUGCUGUUGAUUCAUUAGCCAACUACUUCCUAUUACGAAAUGGCGAGUUUGCCCUCUCCCUGAUACGGGAACUCGAACGCCUCAAGAUUUCAAGACUAACUGGACGUUCUGGUCCUAGUUCCAUGAUUCGUGAACAAGAUUUGCAGCUUGCUCUCCUACGUUCUUCUCUUGGGACCUCCGCUCAACGUGAUGCAUCUCUCUCUCGCCUUCGAUUCACCCUUCCAUCUGGGCCGCUUCGACCCUUGUUACCCUCUCUUGCGAAUACCCACACUGUGAAAGACCUCUCCACCUCCCUCGCUGGAGGAACCGAACCUACAUCGUUUGAUGAUCUCCUUCUCGGCACUCCUUUGGUCCUCAAUUACACCGUUUCUUGGCCAUUGGAUCUUUUCCUGCAGUCAUCAGACCUGCAAAUCUAUGCCGCACUAUUUGCGUACUUGUCGGCCCUUCGCAAGACGCAUACGCGUAUACAUGUCUGUUGGGCCGGUUUAUCCAAUGCUCAGCGUGCUCGUAGACGUUGGACGGGUCUUGGGGAAGGCGGUACGGUGGAGGACCUAAAUGCUAGAAAAGAGUUGUUGCGUUAUGGAUGGGGUCUAGUGAGGGAAAUGAGCUGGUUUCUGGAUACGCUGCUGGGCUAUGUGAUGACCGAUGUGGUGGAUGUCGAGUUCAUGCGAAUGAAACGACAACUACUUCCAAAAACCAUCCCCCCUCUCAGUAGGCAGGUCACUGGGGUACAAUCGCCUGUAGAUGGGUCAACGUCACAUCCCCUUACGUCACAUUCGUCGUCCAUCUUACCUCCGUCCCACAGUACAACUUCCUCCGCCGGUGUUUCAAAUGCACAUCUGGAUUUUUCCACCCUUCGAACUAUUCACACCACAUACCUCGAAAGACUUCUGACUGGAAGUCUACUAUCCAACAACGCACUCACUGCUAUCGUCCGCCUGAUAUUGGAAGUAUGCGAGCAAUUCGUGGCCCAAGUCGAAAGGUGGGGUGGUGAUAUUCUGCCUGCCCUUCUCUUCGAGGGUAGCCUCGCCGCAGAUGACAAGGUUGGUGAGAUGGUUGAAGAGCGGCGAGGUGUAGUUGCAGAGAUCAAUGAGUCAUUCAAUACGCUCCUAGAAUCCUUCUACGAGCAGCUUGCUCUUUCCACGACCCAGCAGCCGUUCUCUGCCGCAGCAGAUGCUUCGAAAUCUAUGGUAUACAAUAUGAGUACGGCCAGUGCCUCGGGUUUCCAUACAUUCAUUCGUCCAAAACGUGGUAAACGCCUGGAAGGUGAUGAAGAGGUAAGAAGACAUGUGGAACGCCUGCUGCUUCGCUUGGAUUUCAACGGGGAGUUUUCGAAGCAUAGGAUAUCCAGAAAUUCAAGGUCAAAAGAUGCUGGAGAGGAAAUUUUGAAGGAAGUUGGAUUGGCAUAGAUUUAUGUAUUUUUUCCCCAUCGUUGUAUAUACCGCAGAGUCAGAUAGACUAUGUUGCUAUGUUAUGUCGCUUGCAGUGAAGGAUAUGUUUUAUGUUGUGGAUGUAGAUCGGAUUGACGGAAUACGAUAAUCUAGGCAAUCGGGCGAUAAUCGUUUUGGCGUCGGCAC